CGACGGCGGCAACGGCGGCGGCUCUCCACUCUUGGCGGCUGUGUUGGGGUCUGGAGUGACUGUGGAAUGCGGUGUCAACAAGCCACUUUCACUAUCGUUUUCACGAAACUUACGUGAUAUUAUUAGGCACGUAGUUUGAGUGCGUUGACCAAUCGAACAUUUCUCGACGAUGGCGUCGGUGUGGUGGCUACUUGUAACGGUGGCGACGGUUAUGAGUAGCUUCUUGGCAUCAGUUGAAGCCAUUUAUUGCCAUCAGUGCGAUUCCAAUCAACACCUGCACUGCUCGGAGCUGUGGGACCAUAACAAUUCACCAGAGCCAACGAGCUGUGACAACCUGUAUGAGGCCAACUACUGCAUCAAGGCCACAGGCAUGUAUGGGGGUCGCAUUGGGACAUUCCGGUUCUGUUCGUCUCGCGACCGGGGUCAUUACUGUGAUUACGUGAAACGACCUGGAGAUGAUCGGGAAUACCGAGCCUGUAUCUACACGUGCACUGGUAAUGGCUGCAAUGCCUCAUCGGUACUUCGGCCUUGGACUGGUGGUGUGGCUGUCCUGCUGGUUGUGGUCCUUGCUUGGAUGGUUGCCUUUUUUUAAAAAUCUCAUUGACAAAGUGCCCAGUGUGGCACAGUGGACUGACUCUUCCUGCACACAGUGCAGCAGAAGUAUCCUGGCACCAGCUCAACAAAACCGCUUUCAGGCUGCGGUUUGUGCACUUCAAUGGAAGCAAAAUGUGGUAGUGUUUGCAUAUUUUGCUUGAAUUGAACAAAAAGCCUUUAUCAGCGGUCUGCAAGGUUGUUCUAGGUGUUUUAAACUCAAAGCAGUUUUUGUACAAAUAACUGUAGCAGUGUGAAAAUGCACGCAGCAAUUCCGUCCAACCAUACAAGUGUUGAUUUGAAAUCUUGUGUACCAUUGCUAGCGAUUAUGACUUUUAUGUCAAAUAUGUGUUUGUUACCGUUGCCGCUUUUUGCUUGGUCAGUGUGACCUUAAUGUGGCCAAAAUGUGUCUUGCCUAUCUCGGAAAUUUGAGUGCUGUACUUUCCUUACAGAUUUAUAUUGUGUAUACAAUUUGUGGUAGUGUCGUACAUUUCUAAACACGGCUGCCAUCCUCGGAGAACCUAUAUGAUGUAUUUUGUUUUAAAUGAUAGGACGGUUGCUGAAGAAAGGAGGAGCAAUCUCUUUUUUACCCCAUUGAUUAAAAAGAAAACAGUGACCUUUAACUACGGUUAUUAAGCAUCAUUAUUAAUUAUAUUUCCAUCCUGUCAUAGAGUACAACUCAUUGAAUCGUGUCACUACAGUCGGCAAACCCUAGCUUAUGGUCAACACAUUUUACAGGCUUUUCUUGGUUUGCUUGUGAAGUUGCUACUAUGCGCGUAGCGGUGUGGUUCAUAUUUUUCGUAGCAGGAGGCUGAUGCACAAAAUGGCAUCCUGCCACUCCUUCGAAAAGUUAUGGCACAGUGUUUUUGUCUUUACACGAUGUGGCAGUUUGACACCCUGUUGAGUGGCUGCAGCAGUGUCAGUUCAGCUAAAAUGUAAUAUUUGCAGCUAUGAUGUACAAGGCGUGGUUUUUGAAACCUCGUCAAAUUACAUUGUGGAGUUCAAAACCAUAGUUAUGAUUGCCGAACCAAUGUUUUUAGGUUACUGCUGACAUUUAGAGGGACAUUAAAGAGGCACUAAAGAGUGACAUCUAAUUAAAUGCAAACCUUAACAGAAUUGUGAGCCAUGGAAGAAGCCUAACUUCCAAGUAGUGUUGUUGUAGAGCAGAUUCAACGAGAAAUUUUGAAUCUCAAAUGCAAGUGGAUGCAUUACAAAAAGCUUGCAGUUGUACUAGAUGUUUUUGACACUGAAACUAAAUUUUAAAAAGGUGCCUUUACUGCUUGCCAGAAGUGAUACAUGUACUUGGAACAUCCAGAUCCUUAAAAUGACUAUGAGCCUGUGGUGCACAUACAAAUCUCGGAAGUGAUAUGCUGUGACUUGCGUCAUAUCUGCUGAUUAUCAGGGCAGCCAUUGUCUGCUUUGAUUAAAGGCUGCUAAUGUCAGCUGUGUUUUCUCGGAAGUGAAUCUCGCCAAGAAUCUAAAACAUAACUUGCAGCAUUAUGUCAACGAACUUCACUCUAUGUUUGAUGGGUGUUGAUCUUGUUUGAAUAUUUCAUCAUUUACAAAAUUUUCAUCAGGUAACAUUUAUUAGUGUCCCUUUAAACCUACUUUUGUUAAAGGGUGUAAGGAAACACAUGGCUAUCUCUUUUGCUUGUCUGCAUCAUUCUACUUCAUGUACUGCCCUGCUUUUUGAAAGGCAUUUAAAACAUUUAUUCCACACUCUCAAACAGUGAACCGUUUCAAAACAUGCCUCUUACAUCACUGUGCGUGGCCUCAGUGGACCUCAGUGGCUUGACGGAGUGCUCGGAAAGAAUGUGAGCCUGUAAGGUGCAGAAUGAAAUUUAAGUAACUUUAAAGUUGAAGAGCAUGCCCCACCACUUUCAUUGCUGUCCAAAUGUGAAAAAUUGUGGAAAAACCAGGUUGGAACACAUUUAGCCAUCCUGACCAUGAGUCAACAACCACCAAAGGGAUCUUCAAAUUGAAUAAGCCUGCUUCUACGAAUAUUUACUUUGUGUUAGGUGCAUAAAAUCACUGCUACAGCGAACAGUUUUUGUGAAGCGUAUAUGUUCUCUGUCUUGAUCCGUUUCAUGUUUAUACUGUUGUAAAUCAGUGAGGUGUGUUUGACAUUGGCAGCAUUGUCUUGGGAUGCUGUAGCAUUGCUGUCCUUUGCUUUCACAUGUGUUUGUUAGUGUGCUUGUUGCGCAUUAGAAGUGUUAUUUCUUCAUCUUUAGCAGAGUUGAGAUUCGUAUGCGAUCAGUGAUUGCUAAUGCAGGGAGGUCUGAAUCUGGGCAGAUGCUACAGUAGAGCUCACCAGAUUUGAUGCAUGAAAGUCUUGUUUUAUGAAGACAGUUUGUUGCUUGUUUUGUAGGGUUAAAGUGAACUUCUCUCUGUAGCUUGGAAUGCACAUUCUAUGAUCCAUGUGCUUGCACACUGCAAACGUAUAAUUAAGCUGUUUGGGAUGAGUGCACACUCAGGAGUACUACAGUCGAACCCGGAUAUAUCGAAUAAUUCAAUAUAAACCUUUUGAAGAAUUUCUUGCGUUUUUGGUGCCAAUUUUGGUGUGCAUGUUGGCUUCAUGGUACUGCUUCACGAUAAUGUAAGAAAGAUGCCAUCACGACCAUUUGCAUUUUUUUUUAUUUUGUAUUUUUCCGUGAUUUGCAGUUGGUGAUGCAAAGUUAUAUGCAAGGGUGGGUUAUACAUCAGAAAAUACGGUAUCAAUGUAAAUAGCGCCUGAACAUCUUCAUACGCAGCUGUACAUAGUCGUCAGGUGCCGGAAGCCUCUAUUCUGCCUUGGCCCUAGUUUCGGCCUUGUUUUUGAGUGUCAUACUCAGCGUGCUUCUUGGGAUGCUGUAUGCAGCAGAGACGCAAGUCUUCUUUCCCCCACCUUCCACUGUAUUCAUUAUUUCCAGCUUUGCAGAGAACAGCAUGGCUUUUUUCUUUUACGGCAUUUAUCGCGUUAACAAAAGAAGCAAACGGCGACCCCACACGGCCGGCUGGUGGGACCGACGAUGAGGAAUCAUGGGGAAAAGCAUGUGAUAGCAAGCGGUAGUUUCUACUCGCUCUGUGUGGCACUCUCCUAAUCACACCGCUUGCCCUCCCGAAUGUUUGCGAGAAAGUCUUCCGUGAGGAAACAAGAAAUUCUUGUGACGGAAAGCCAACUUUUUGGGGCGUUUCACGCUGCCUGAUGUUCGAUAUAGCAAGUGUUCUGGCUCUUUUUGUUCGAUGUAGCCAUAGAUUAUUCUAUGCAUUGACGUUAAAGCAUUGUAGUAUUCGAAAAUAGUUCGAUAUAAAGGAUAAUUCGAUUUGCCCAAUUUCGAUGUAGUUGGGUUUGACUGUAAUCGCAUUCGUAGCAUCUCUUUCUUGCGCUUACGCGAAUCAUUAACCAACAAAACCUGAUGUACGGAUCGAUUGCAUUUCAUCUAUUUUUUACCGACUCUCUCUUUAUAUAUGUGUAUAUAUUAUAUACAGCUUGCAAGUAUAAAAAUGCGGUUAACAUGUUGGCUGCUCACAAUUUCCAUUGCUACUUUACUGCCACAUAGCAAUAUGUUUUUAAUUGCAUCUUAUUGUCUCUUCUCAAGUCAUACUUUUUACGAUUACAUGGUGGUGUAACUUUUUACAGUAUCAUGGUGAUAUGCAGCUGCUACCAGAACUAGUGGCUUCAUCUUGCUUUGUCUUGCAGGUGGGUCUCUUGGGCUCUCUGGGUGCUGUAGAAUUUUUCUACCCAAGUUGCCUGCACACUUGCUUACAUAUUUGUCCUUUUCAUGUACUGCUGCUAUUUACAUCGUGUUAGGUGCAUAAAAUCACUCUACAUCCAGUCUGUUUCAUCCUUGCAUAUCAUCACUGAGCUAUUUCAUUUUGCCAUGCUUGCAUCAUACAGAAAAUUGCUCCUUCAUGCUAACACUAGUUGUAUCAUUUGUUGCUUGGAGUGGUGGUUGUUUGGAAUCAUUGCAACAGCACAUGUUUAGUAGAGGAUGCACUUUGAUUGAUGGGCCCAAAUUACCUCGACAUGCUGCAUUUAUUUCUUAAUUAACCAUGCAUGUCAAUAUUUUUUUUUUUUUUGACAGCUUGACUAUCAUUUUAUUGUUUGCAGUGCCUGUUAUGGCAAAAGGGAUGCUUGAAGCGUGUUUUAAACUGCAAAGUUAUAUUCCGUGGUUGACACAGUGAUGCUUCUCGUUUUGCAGCACUUGUAUGUUCAGCAGUGAGGCAUGAAGGUUUUUUACGGGAGAAAUGUCACUGUAUUUAAGUCUACUUUUUCCCACAGCUGUGUGAAAAUGUACACUCAUUUUGGAGGUUUCCCAAGAAACUGUGUUGUCGUCAUCUCCUGUUUAAAGUGCGAGUGUUCAUAUACCAUAGCUCUAGCAACUUUCUCCAGUCAGUGCUUGCAUUUGACUAAGCAUGCAAACUCUAUUAAAGCACCAUGGUUUGUGAUUGUAAGAGCUGAGUAAGUUGUUCCAGCUGCUCCGGCAUUGCAAUGUAUUGUACACUUUCUGGGUGCAUAUUGACUGGCACUUUUCUGUGAUGUGGGUUUUAAUGCAUUAUGUUCAUAGCAGUUUUUUGUUAUGAGACAGCCGUGUUACACAAGUCUGAAGUAGAAAACAUGGCAGUGUGAAGAGCACUGCACUUUUCACUGCACUUUUCACUGCACUUUUCUUCUUUGCUGCUGCUGCUGCGAUGUAUUUUUUUGUGAGAAAUGUUUUAUUUUUUUAUAUAAAUGAAAUUCUGAGGA